AUGUAUACGUAUAGAGCAUCCAAAUCAAAUUCUUAAGAAUCAUUUUUUAUUUUGCUGGUAGAUGGAACAACUUCUAUGAAUGCGCAUUAUCCCAUAUUUUUGAAAUGCUAUCAUAAUGUAUGCAGUAGUAUCAAACAUAAAUUGGCCUUUCAGUUUGGAAACCCAAAAGAGGGAUCCGAUGUUGUUCUAUAUGAUAUCAAUAAGUUCUAAGAUCAUCGUUAAAGUAAUUUCAAUAAAGUUUUUAAACAAUUGUUUGACAUCCUGCUCACUUAACAUUAGGAUAAAAAAUAUCUGACAAUUUGUUUCAUCUCAGAUGGAGUUGAACACUUUGUUUAUGAGGAGUUUCUUCCAUUGAUUGACCAAAUUACUUCAACUUUCAAAAUUUAAUUUGCUAGCAUUGCAGUCGGAAAAAAUUUCCCAACUACGAUAAGCAAUUAGUUAAGAGAAAAGCUGCACAACAACGGAAAUUUACAUUUUCCAUCUAUUUAUGAAGUUAUGGAUCAGAGUGAAUUAAGUAUAGUUCUUGAUGAAUAAGACAAUGUAACAAUAAUACCAGAGUAAUAACAAAAAAUGACUAAUCAGUUUACAGAAGCAUUAGAGGGUCUCAAAAAAUAAUUGAUUGUAUUUACUGAAUAAAUUGAAUUGAAUGAAAUAGUAUAUACUUCAUUCUUAGAUAUUCAAGAUUAAAAAACUAAAACUGUUCAAUGUAAUUAACUAUUUUUAUCUCCUAAUCCCACUGUUUAAACAAAAAAAAAUGAAAUAAUAUAAUCAUCUUCAAACGUUGAAGAUUUAAUUUAAAUUUAGUAAGGGAGUAUUUCAUAACUAUUGAUACAUUUGUAAGCCCAUGAUAAAAUUGAGGAAGGUAAAAAAGAAUUUUAGAAGUUACUUGAUAUAUCAAAAUAAAGUCAAAAACUAUUUAUUAAGACUAAUUAAUAAAUGAAUCCUUUAGCAGAUUUAUAAGAAGUUGUUAAUAAUCCAAAACUUGAUGUAAUGAAUAAGAUAAUUGGUUAAUUUGCAUAAACUGAUUAUUUAGCUUCAAUAAAAGAUAAUGAAAAUAGAUAUGCACAAUUAUAAGCAAACCUUGAAAAAGAUCCCUAACUAUGCAUUGAUAAAAAUUUUCAAGUUCAAUAAUCUAUUUAACAAAUUGAAAUAGAGGAGGAAGUAUAAAUUAAAAAAUAGUAAAAUCCCUAUGAAAUUAAAUUCAACUCUAAAUUGAUUAUAUUGGUUGAUUCUUUUACAUUAUAAAAAUCAUAGCAAGAGGAAGUAUUGAAAGCCAAAUAAACUGUUUUUAAUCAAUAAGCAUAUGACAAUACAUAAACUUUUUGGUGGGCAGAUACUGUUUAAGAGAACCCAGAACAGAUUGUUAGAAGCUAGCAACUACCUUUAACAUAAGCAAUAUAAUAGAUUCUUAGUAUUAUAGAGGAAGACUAAUCAGGCGUUAGAAAUUUCACUAUUUUUUUGAUAUUUUCUGGAGUGCAUUAAAUAGACUUUAAAUCUUUAAGUCAAAAAUAACAAUAAAUACAGGAAUAAAAUAAAUUGAUUGCAUUUACAAGCAUGAUUAUUGAAAAUGACAAGUAAAAUAUGGAUAAAAAGAAGUUAUAACAAAAAUUAUCACUCGAAUUGAGACGAGAACUACAUACAAAUAAUCUAACCCAUUCUCUCUAAGUAUCUGCUCGGGUUAAGAUAGAAGAAUUUUCAUAAUAUUUAAAUUUAUAUUUUAUCAUGAUUAAGGGAUAUUAAUCCAAAUUUUAUGGAAUCAGAAGAAAAGGAUGUUUUAUAAGAGGAACAAUUAAACAAAAAAAUGCAAUCUUUUUAUUGAAUUAGCUAAUAAGUGACAUAGAAGAGAGUAGACAAUAAAUAAUUUAAGAUUAGGAGUUUAUUUUAAAGCUUCAAAAAAUAAAAAAAUUGUAUUACAAGAGGAUGAAUAAUUAUAAGGAACGAGAAUUUCCGGAUGAAUAAUAUUGCUUAGCAAAACUCAAUUCAAUAUUUUAAUGUAUUGAUAGAAUCAAUCUAUAGAACUGUUGUGAUUUCUUAGAUGAAAUAUUCAAUAUAAAAUUAGGAUUUCAUGAUAAGAACUAAAAGGUUUUCGACUUAGAUUAACUCGAUCAGGCAAGAAAAAUACUAUCGGAUAAGAAGAAGUCAAAUCUAUUAUAGAUUAUAAUUUCUAUUCUUGUUUUUGGAGCUGUUUAUUUAAUUUUUAACUGA